AUGUCCCAGCCACUCCUUGUACGAGAUGCAGAGAGUGACAAGGCGUAUGUGCGCACCGCCGACCCCAAUGAGCUCCCAACUCUUGCGAGACUUCUGCGCCGAGCCUUCAUCAAUGACCCCAUGAUGAACUACAUCGCCAACUUAGAAGAGCCUCUUUCAAAUGACACCGAAACACCUGGACGACGUAACCUUGAAGACUUCCAACGUAUGGUGUUAACCGCAGCGAUGUAUUCUGGAGGACGAAUCACGGUUGUUGUGAUCCCAAAGUUGUCAGACGACGAUGCGACAGUCUAUCAAGACAAAAUUGUGGCAGUCGCCAUUUGGAUGCCCCCUCAUAUUCGAAUUGGGCUCAAUCACCCUUGGACUCUUUUGCGCUCAGGGCUUCUGAGGACAGUGUGGAGAUCAGGAUGGACGGGAGCUCGGCGCGCAGGAUUCGAGUACCCGAAUCAAGUCGAGAAAGUAUUCACUGAAAUUUACAAGAGACGCGGACCAAACGAGACGGAGCAUGACGCGUGGUACCUCCAAAUUAUUGCGACAGAUCCAGAGGAACAAGGCAAAGGCUACAUGUCCCGCCUCGUUCGUGAAGCUUUUGCACACGCCCCAGAUGAUGUCACGUUCGUGCUCGAGGCUACAACACCGAAAUCUCGGGAUCAAUAUGCCCAUCUCGGGUUCCAGCCUGAGGGCCCUAUUCCUAUUGGAAAGGGCUAUGCGGACAUAAAUGGUUAUAGAACCAGCGGCGAGGAUGCGACCGGGUUUGACCUGUAUGCUAUGGUCAAGUGGAAGGAUCUCGGAAAUGAUGACUAG